AAUCAGAUCCAACCACGUAUCUGUCGCAUUUCAGCAUUUACUUGAGGAGCCAAUCGCAUUUUCUCCCGUCACCAACCUCAUCUACACCAUGGGCGUCCUGGACACGGCAGAGAUAGAGCAGGCCCAGUGGGAAGCCGCCAAGGGCGCCGGGUAUGGAGCGCUCAAAUGGGGAGCCUUUUCGGCAGCAUGUGGUGGGCUCGGAUAUGCUUUUUCGCCAAUGUAUCGCGGGUUCACUAUCCAGUUCAAAGUCUACAUACAAAUGUCAGGCAUGAUCCUCGGCAGCAUGAUAGAGGCGGACGCCAGGAUGAGGCGAUAUGAACAACAAGUCCGGAUCCAGCGGCGGAUAAACAGAGACCGCGCAGAAUGGGAGAGGUUUACUCGCGAAUUCGGCGAGGAUGAUGACCUCCUGCCACCGUCACUUGCAAAACAUAGGGCACCGCCAGAUGAGUCGUCGACGAAGAAGUGAGCCAGCAGAAAGGUCUCGACGAGACAUGCCCUAGCUUGUACGAUCUGUUUCUUCUUCUUGUAAAGCUUAGUCACUUAUAGUCACGAGGCCGUGUUUCGGUUCGGGUCUUCCUCUUUAGAAA